AUGGGGACCUAUGAAUAUAAAGUAAAAGAAAAAUGUCAGCAGGUAGAUACCUCCACUGAAGAUAAUCUACCAUAUGUGCUUAGAUGGAAGGGCUCUGUUACCCCAAAUGUUAUAUUUCAGACCUUACUUGUUACUGCUUUCGCGGCCGCUGUGUCGGCAGUAUAUAUCAAAACAGAUAUUAAGCCUGGCAUUCCGCAAACAUUCAUUCCUGUGCUUGGUUUCGUUGUGGGCCUCUUGCUUACCUAUAGAACUAAUACUGCUUAUGAUAGAUAUUGGGAAGGUCGCAGAGCAUGGUCGUCAAUGGUGGUUGCGAUUCGAAAUUUAACACGAUACAUUUGGGUGGGUGUCAAAAGAAAGAAAUCAGAAAAAGAAAAGAAAGCAUAUGAAGAAGAUAAAAAAAUGAAAUAUCUAAAAAAAAAGAAAGAAGUCAAAACAGAACAAAAGACUAAAUCGAGAGAUGAAGAAAUCAUGAUAGAUGAAGAAGAAAAAGAAAUUCUGAUAGAAAAGGAAAGCGUCAUAAGACUACUUAUAGGAUUUGCAAUCGCUGUAAAACAUUAUCUACGUGAAGAGGAAGGAAAUGAAUGCAAAGAUAUUAAACCUUAUAUUUCGGACAUAAAAUCAGCUUUACCGGGAUUUGAAAAUCUGAUGGCUCAGGACGCGAUUGAGAACGCUUCUGAGAACACGUUAAUAAAAAACAAGUCUCGAGAAGGAUCGAUAUGGAGCAAAAUUGUAAAUUUAUAUAACAACAGAAAAAAACCACAUCAACGUGGUAAAAAAGAAUUUGAUUUAGAUUCACCUAAUCACAAUCUUCCUUUAGAGAUUUCUAUAUAUCUUUCUGAUUAUGUUACAACUCAAUUUGAUGAAGGGAGGAUCAGUGUACCAUUAUCCAAUAAUAUGCUACAAAAUGUUAAUACGUUGAUAGAUUGCUUGUCAUCUUUUGAAAGAAUUUUGAGAACACCAAUUCCUUUGGCAUAUGCUAUUCAUUUAUCCCAAACCGUGUGGAUUUAUUGUCUCUCCUUACCUUUUCAAUUGGUUGCUUUCGUUGGUUGGUCGACCAUUCCUAUCGUGUUCUUUGCUAGUUUUGUUUUGCUUGGUAUUGAAAGAAUUGCUGUAGAGAUCGAAAAUCCUUUUGGUUAUGACCCGAAUGAUUUAGAUUUGGACGGUUUUUGCAAAAUUAUCGAACGAGAACUCAAAACUAUCAUAAAUCACGUUCCACCAGAUGUUGACCAUUGGGUAUUUAACGAUAAAAAUCGACCAUUUGAAGAUAGUAAAAUUAGUGCUCUCUAUGCAAGAAAAAACUUAUCUUUUGACGAAGUACGCUCUAGGUUUUCUAUAAAAUCUAUAGAAGAAGAGAACGAAAACUGUGUAGAAUCUGUGAAUGAUAAAAAAGAUGCAAAAUCUGAGAAUGAGAUUACUAUUGAUGUCAAAGAUUCUAAAUAA